AUGAAACACCCUCCGGACUACUUUGUGGCUGUUCCCCUUGUCUUUGAGGUUUUAUACAGUGGAGUCCAGAAGAAGCUUGCUGCAGCAUCAGCCGCCAGGACAGCAAUUGCCAAGUUCCUGAUAAAAGUCAGCUCUCUUCACAAGGAAGCGCUGCGCAUCUGGACAGGAAUGGCUGUCCUUCGUUCACGUGAAAACGUUCAGGGGCUCAUGUUCAUGAAGGCGGUGGCAGAAUGUCUGGGAGCCGGGCUUUUAGCGCUGGUACUGCUGCCUCUCCACCUGCUGGCGGAGAAGCUUGUGUACACCAAGGUCAAAGCUGCUAUCGGCAUUAAAAAGGCAGCUGUGAGUGGUGGAGGCAGCUUGCCGUCGCACGUGGACAAGUUCUUUGAGCAAAUCGGGAUUACUCUGCUCAACGGAUACGGGCUCACAGAGACCUCUCCUGUGCUGACAGUCAGGCAAAGUUCCAACAAUGCAUUGGGAAGCAUUGGGAGUCCCGUUCCUGGAACAGAGAUAAAGAUUGUAGACCUGGAGACGGGAGUUGGUCUCCCUGCAGGCCAGCGAGGGUUGGUCAAGGCACGUGGCCCCCAAGUGAUGAAGGGCUACUACAAGAACCCGGCGGCCACAGCAAUGGCAAUUGACAAGGAUGGUGAAAAUGUGGAGCCUGCUUUUGUCGAGGAGGUUGCACUUAGCAGCCCUGCCAUCCGCCAAAUAAUGCUCGUUGGCCAGGACCAGAGAAAGCUUGGAGCGUUAAUUGUCGUGAAUGAGGACGAGAUGAAGGCUGCAGUGGCAAGAAUGAGAGCAGAGAAGGGGAUUGAGGGGGGCGAGGUGACAGAAAAGGAACAGAGGGCUGUCGUUCAACAAGAGCUCACCCGCUGGUAA